AUGCAGUCCCCGGACAACGAUGCGUCACCAACCGAUGCGAUCCAGGCGCUGCCGAUGGCCGCCUCCACCGUGAGGCUGCCCAAGAGGCAGUCCGUGCCGGAGGGCCACCCGCUGUCCCAGUCCGAAGUCAGCCUGCCGCACCGCCGAUCGCACCCCUCGGCCGCGCCCCUCUUCGCCUCGACCCUGACCCCGCCGGGCUCACGGUCCGGAUCGCCCAUGGGACGCGGCUCGCCAGCCCGCAGCACCAUGUCCGGCUCCGUCUUCGGCGGCCCGGCGGGCAGAUCUCUGAUAGACAUCUCGUCCGACAGCCCCGGCGAUCCGCGCAACCUGCUCGUCAAGGCGUACGUUCCUCACGUUGCGAUCUACACCUCCAAGGACACCAACGACCUGGCGAAGGAGAAGGGGUUCAAGAACGGCUUGUGGGAGCUGCUGAGGCCGUUUGGCGAACAGGUGCAGGGCAAGGUCACUAUUAGAGACAGCAACGGCGCCAGCAGGACAUGGGAGGACUAUUCCAUCCGGUUCGUCAAGUUUGGAGAGAACAUCGACUCGCCGGAGAGCGCGAGAGGCGGCGCGCAGGCCAACGGGCAACCGGGGUCUUCGCUCAAGUCGAGGAACACCCUUGAAGAUGUCGAGGCCGUCGUCGAUCGUCAUUUGUCCUACGCGGAGGAUUCCUUCUUGCAUACUCCGCACCACGGCGCCUUCACGAGGCAAGGGUUGGACGUGGAGGCUACCUCGCCAUACUACUCGCUAUACCUGAGGAGGCUCCUCUCAGGCAUCCAGGUGUCACCUCAUGAGACCUUUGCGCAUCCGGUCGCGUGCGUCAUUGCUAUCAGCUCGAGAAGCCCCUCGCCGAUCGAGGAUCUGCGGAAACUGUACAACGACACGAGCUCCGGCGAAAACAAGCUGCCGGUCUGGGUGGAUGGAGAUUAUCUGAGAUAUUACGUUCUGGUCCACGACGAAGAGCGCGACGACAUAACACGGUCACUGGCUCUGUUUGACCAGAUGAAGCGCCACCUGGGCCUGCACUGCCACUUGCUACGGCUACGAAGCACACAAAGCGCCGAGACCGACGACGACAGCAUACCGCUUCCCCGCAGCGACUGGAUGUCUGCGGCCGAAGAGCUGGUUGAUAUCCGACACAGCGAGGACCAGGAAGACUUUGAGGACCCGACGAGGUACAUUUUUGAGUCUGACGCGACAGCGAUCCGCACGUUUGUGAGGGAAAUGGUGACACAGUCUAUUGUGCCUACGAUGGAGCGGCAUGUGUCUCUAUGGAACGACCAGGUUGCAUCUCGGAGAAGAGGUAUCACCGGCAGGUUCAUGAGCAUAUCAAGAAAAUGGGGCGGCUUCGGCAGCAGCUCGAGGUCAUCGGUGGUCGGCAGUGGAUCAUCCACCAGCUAUGACCCUGCGGGGUUCUAUCGGCCAGACGCUUCGGAAGCCAUCAUGCGAAAGCUUGCUGAUUUCGCUUUCAUGCUGAGAGAUUACAAGCUGGCGCACUCGACAUACGAUCUCUUGAGAUCCGAUUUCAGCGACGCCAAGGCGUGGCGGUAUCACGCCGCAACCAACGAGAUGGCCGCCGUCAGUCUCCUGAUCAUGCCGCAAAACCUUUCCUCAAAGUCUCGCGCCGAAACGAUUGACCAAAUGCUCGAAGCGGCCUUCUACUCGUACCAAACACGAUGCAGCGCCCCUUUCGGAGCUCUGCGCUCGCUCACCCUGGGUAUCGAGCUCCUACGUCUCAGAGGCGGAAGUAGCGUCGACGAUGCGGUCAGAUGGGGCAUCCGACUCCUCGACUCGAAGAUCUUAGGCAAGAUCGGCGACGCCCUCAUGAAGGAGCGUCUUGCCGUGUGCUACUCCGCCAAACCCGGCGUCGGGUCCGGCUCAUGGGGCCACCGCAAGCGCAAGUCGGCCAUGUGGUGUAUCCUGGCCAGCGAGUCUUGGCUGCUCCAGCAAAAAUACAUCCAGUCGCAGCGCUGUCUCAACGAGGCAGGGCAGAUAUGGUCCGACCUCCCGCACGAGAACGGCAUCUCCAAGUUUGACGUUGCCAACGACUUCGUGGCAGGUCUGCAGCACCAGAUCGACGAAACGCUUGAGGCCGAGGAUGUUGGCGACGAAUCGGCGUCUCAAGAAGCCGAGGCCGUUGUCGUGGACGAAGAGAGCGAGGCUCUGGAUCUGCGGUCGCGGAGGGCGAGCAUGAUGGGCCGCGCGGGGCCGCAGGCUGCUAAUCUCGAGACGGCGCCGUUACAUAAAGUGAAAUCGGCCGAGGACGAGGGGGCUGACGACUCUGUACAAAAUGAUUUCGGAUAA